AUGAAGAUAGAUUGGGAUGCAAGGCUUCCGUUAAACAUACAGGAAAGAUGGGGUAAAUUUUACGAAGAUCUGGAGCGACUGAAAUAUUUAUCCAUUCCCAGAAAGGCCAUACCUGAACGAACUGAUAUCAUAGAUGUACACGGGUUUUGUGACGCAUCCGAAGAAGCGUAUGCGGCCUGUAUCUACAUUCGUUCUCAGAGCAGCGAUGGAAAAUGGCAUUCCAGACUUCUUUGUGCAAAACCUCGAGUGGCCCCGUUAAAAGAAAAUACAAUACCACGACUUGAAUUGAAUGGUGCCUUGUUAUUAACUGAAUUGACUCAACGGGUCGCUGAUUCAUGGCAAAUCAAUAUUCAUCAGUUCAAACUAUGGAUGGAUUCAACUAUAGUUUUAGGGUGGUUGAAUAGCCAAAGCAGCCGGCUAAAAAUCUAUGUUGCCAAUCGAGUAGCUCAAAUUAUGGAUAUUACAGAGGUCAGCCAGUGGAACCAUAUAGGCACAUUGUGGUGGAACGGACCUACCUGGUUGGAAAGUGAUGAGAAGGAUUGGAUCUUGAAUCCGAUAACCCAUGAUGAUGAGCUACCCGAAGUACGCAAAGUGAAGCUACUGCUAUUAGUGAUCAAACCGUUGAAUAGUAUAUUAGAACACUACUUUGAAUGGAAUUGUAUGCUACGAGGAGUUGCUUGGUUAAAGGUCUAUUCGAAGUACAUGCGUAAGAAAAUCAAUGGGCCUCAAUCCCUAACAAUAUCAGAUUCGGACGAAGCGAGGAAAUCAAUUUUAAGAAUGGUCCAAGCUGAGUGUUUCAGUAAAGAGAUCUCGUCACUAGAAAGGGGACAAGAAGUACCAAGAAAUAGUAAGUUGCGUAGUUUGAAUCCCUUCCUGCGCGAUGGGUUAAUACUUGUUGGUGGAAAACUCGAGAAUUCAGACAUAGCCGAUGGACAAAAACACCCUAUAGUAUGGCCUGCUAGUCAUAAAAUAACCAGGCUAAUAUUUGAAGCAUACCAUCUCGAGCUACUUCAUGGAGGACCUCAGCUCAUGUUAUCUGAAGUUAGACGUCUUUACUGGCCACUGCUAGGUCGAGUAACCACGAGAUCAGUGGUAUGGCAUUGUGUCAAAUGUACAAAGGCACGUCCACGUUUCAAUCAUCCAAUUAUGGCACCACUCCCAAGAGACCGAGUUCAGUUUUUAAUAUCAUCCGACAGAGUAUCCUCAAUAUUCAAACUAAUGUCAGCAUCAUCGCUAUUAUGA